AUGCCUGAAAUCUGUGGAAUUUUGCAUGCCAGACAAGCAGUCUAUGCUCGAAAAGCCUUUGCGGCCUACCUGAGGUUACAGGCAUGGGAGACGCAACCCGUCACCCCUUUUUUAUUACGGCUCGAACUGCAGGUGGCGGAAGGGCUUUGCCCCCCGCCGGUGAGGGAUAUCCCGGAAGCAGCUACUCGAAUCUACUUACCUGCUACUGGGAGGACUGUGAACCUGCUAGGACCUUGGGUGCACAAAACCUGUGACACCGACCAAGUUAAAAUUGUGGACGUCUCACAAGCCUCUACUGCACCUGACCCAUUGGAGACAAGCUUGGCCCGGCUUGAUAAGAUAUUUGCUAAUUUCUGGCUGAAAUUAGACCGUAAGAACAGUCAAGCUGGAGAGCACAAUGGGAGCUACAGCUCAUCACAUAAAUCACAGGCAGACGCUCAGCACAAUGUAUCUGCUGCAGUCAGGUGGACCGCUGUCACACUAAUCCACCCAAAAACGCAAGAGACGAUAUCACGCCUUUUACCUAUGGAGAACAAACAGACAUCAGGGUGAAGAAAUCAGAGGUUGCAUCCCGGGCAAUAUCCACUUUGCCUACCCAGACUAAGGGUAAAAAAGGAGCUUGUGCUCACGACACCGCCCACACCAGAGGAGGCUUGUAAUAGGCCCAAGACCAUCCAGGACUUCCGUUGUCCCACGCAGGGGAAGGACUUGGCCUUGCAAAGUAACCAAGUCCGUGGCUUAGAGGUGAUGGCCCUGAUACAAGUUUGGGAGGGGAGGAAUGCAACCUUUCGGCAUACUUAUGCAGAUACUCUCUGCAGACAUCACCUGCCUGCUACGAAAUUCCAGUCUCUGGAAUAGGCUGACUCUUGAAACGUGACACCAGGCGGCCUGGUACUUCUCAAGGUAUAGAUACGUACAAUUUGCAUAAACAAGUGUGGUAUUCAAUAAACUGGCAUAUUUUUAUUAAUGAAUGAAAAGUUGCAGUGUCGGCUUAGUGUGGUCAAGGAUGAUUGGUAUGUGAGUUACAGUUCCGUUUUUAGAUCUAUAUGGUUAAAUGAAAAGUAAACAAUUAAGAUUAGAUUAUAACAGAUAUGUUAGGCAUGAGAGCUGCAAACUAGGUGGGGAUCGUUGCUGGAUGUGGUGGGUAUUCGAUCUCCUUAUGGCUCAAAGAGUACUAAAAUAGUGUGUGCUGUGUCCCCUGUUGGCGCUGGCUAGGGGCCACCCUCUGAGUGUAAUGUUACCUAAGGGGUCUGAUGCUGGUUGUCCUUUGAACCUCUUCUAUGUGUUAAGGUGUUUAGACCUAAGUUUAUGUUAGGCGUCCGUUUAUGCAGACCGGGUGCACGGGUAUACCGCAAAAUCCCCCAUAAAACGGAGGUGACAAUUAUAUUUAACCUGUCUGAUAAGGUGUUAACCAUGGAUCACUAUUCCAUCCUUAAUAAAGGAUUAACGUUCGUUACAGUGUCCAAACCAUAUCAAUUCCUGACAGAAGUGGAAUUGUACAAACUGCAACGCAUACUGAACAGUCAUGAACUACGUAAGGACAAUACCACAACAUACAGCACACCCUUUCCUACAAGGCAGAAAAGGGAGAUCAAUACCCCCAAUGCGUCAAUUAAAGCCUUCUUACAAGCAGUAAAAAGUGAUAUAGAUGGUAUUGUCAAGGAUCCUCUAUCACACAGUCACAAACUUACAAUAUCAGAAAGAGAGGUCUUAAAGGAUUUAAAGCAAGAUAAAUAG